AUGGUACUGCCAAUUACGUUGCUGAAGGCAUCAUGUAACAUGCCAAUGUUGGUUGAGCUUAAAAGUGGCGAAACAUACAAUGGUCAUCUGGUUGCCUGUGAUGAUUGGAUGAACAUCCAUCUCAAAGAAGUUAUUUGUACGUCACGUGAUGGUGAUAGAUUUUGGAAAAUGUCUGAGUGCUUUAUUCGUGGAAGCAUAAUAAAGUACUUGCGCAUUCCCGAAGAUGUUAUUGAUAAGGUGAAGGAGGAUAUGCAAUCAUCGAGGGUACGGAAUAGGGAGCUUGGUGGUCGUGGUCGCGGAGGUGGUGGUGGUGGUCGUGGUGGUGGCAAAUUCGGUGGCAAUCGAGGAAAAUAG